UGAAGACCACUGUUUUUCAUCUCCUUCUCGUUCUGUCGUCCUUCACCACUCCCACGUGUUUGACUUUCACUCACUCCCUCACCAAGUUUCCUUUCCUUCUUAACUUUUCUCCUCCCUCCCUUCCCUUCCCUUCCCUUCCUCUCUUACCCUCCACACCAUCAUUCACCUUCUCCGUUCCCCUCCUCCUGCAGACUUGGUGCAAGGCGUCAGUGUGCUGCCAGUGUAGGAGCUGGAAAGACACUCCCAGGCUCGAGGAUUGUCUUCAGCAAAACAAAACUUUGGCUGCAACUUUUCUUUAGCUUUUUCUUUCAAACUGUGGCCGUAAAAACUUUUUCUGUUUUGAUUGCUGGAUAUUUCUGCAGGGAAAGUCAACCUUUUUGUCCCACCGGAAAUCUGCAAUGCUGCCACUGUACCUCCUGAUGUUGGCUGUCAGGAUCCAGGCGCUUCCAGGCUCCUGUAACUUUGAGAGCAACACCUGCGACUACACGUCAGAUCCGGACUUCAGCAGCUGGACCUUGCACAUAGAUGGUCACUUUGUGGCGGUCGACUCACUUGGAACUGAUGAUCAAACGGCUGAAAAAGAACCAGAUGAUGACCCCCAGAAGGAGAUCAGGGGUGUUCUGUUGAGUUCAGUUCUGGACCAGAGUGACUGGAGCUGUCUCAGGUUGGUCUACCAGAUUACAGGGUCAGGGACUCUGGAGGUGCUGCAGCGUAUGGAAGGAAAGAGCCUGGACAGACCCCUGUGGAGCAGCCAGACGGCCUCAGACAGCUGGGUCAUCUCCAGCAUGGACCUGAGGAACAACACUGAACCUUACAGGGUUGUGAUGGAGGGAAAACCUGGACGCAGCACUGGGAGCAGUGUGUCCAUCUUUGAAAUCCACAUCAGUCCGGGAUACUGUCUGGAGUGUAACUUCGAGGAGUCUCACCUGUGCGGGUACAGUAAUCAAUGGAACGCCAAUGUCAACUGGUAUGUAGGAGGCGGAGGUCUGCAGCUCCUGUCCAACAGCAUGACCAACGACCACACCUUCAACAACAAAACAGGUCACUUUAUGUACGUGGACUCCGUCUACUCCAAGACUUUUCAGGAGGUGGCCAAACUGUCGUCAUCCAUGACGACAGGGCCGCUGUCGGGCUGCCUGAGUUUUCAGUACCAACGGAGUGAGGAGAGAGGGAACAUGUUCUCCGUUUACACAAGGGAUCGUCUGGGUCAGUACCACGAACUAUGGAAGGCUGGACCUGAGAACCGCAGUGAAUGGAGCGACACACUCAGAGAAUGGAUUCCUGCCCAGGUGGACCUGAAGGCACCUUACUCUGUACAGCUUGUCUUUGAGGUGGCCUUCAACAGUCCAAGAGGUGGACGAGUCGCACUUGAUGAUAUUUCCUUUUCGCCUGAGUUUUGCAGCAGAGACACGGAGCCGACGUUUGAUCCUUCCAUUGCCAGCUGCGAUUUUGAGUCGGGUUUCUGUCGUUAUACCCAGGACCAGGGCGUGGGGUCAUUAUGGAAGAGAGUGUCAGUGAAGCCCAAUCUUUUUUGGGGUGGAGAUCAUACCACCGGAGCAGGAUCUUUUGUUCUGGCCCACUCCAGACUGAGCCCACGCUCAGGCUACGUCAGUCGGCUCAUUGGUCCGACCCUGCCAGGAAACAUGAAGUUCUGCCUCAGUUUCGUCUUCUCACUCAGGGGUUUUAACCAGACAGACCAGGCUCUGACGGUGUAUCUGCAGCACCACAGUGGCAGCGGUCAGCAGAAGAUCUGGACUCAGGCAGAGAAGUCCAGAGGAAUCUGGAUAGCUUCCGACGUCACCUUUCAAACAUCACAGCCCGCCAAGCUGGUUUUCGUCAGCACCUGCAAGAGUUUCUGGGACUGUGGCUCUGUGGCUCUGGAUGACAUCGACGUUAACCUCGGAGACUGUGCGCAGAUGUCCGCAGGCGGGUCUUCGCCACCUCUACCAGGACACUGUGACUUUGAAUCAGGUCUCUGUGGUUACACUCAGGACAAACAGACAGACACCACAGACUGGCAGUGGAGAAGAGGUCCAACCCCAACCUCUUAUACUGGUCCCAGAGGAGACCACACAUCAGGCCUGGGAUAUUACCUUCACAUGGAGGCCUCUCCUAUGCUGCCUGGCCAGAACGUCCGCCUGUUGUCCCGGACCCUCAGGGGCUCCAGGGGGCCCCAGUGCCUGACCUUCUUCUAUCACAUGUACGGCUCUGGGUGCGGUCAGCUCAGCGUCCAUUUGGACAAAGGUGGAGAAGAAACGCUGCUGUGGAGACGCAGCGGAGAGCAGAGCAUCACCUGGCUGAGGGCACGAGUGGAAUAUCAGUCUGACAGACAGCAUCAGCUUGUGUUUGAAGCAACCAGAGGCUCAUCGGUGAGGAGCGACAUAGCCAUUGAUGACAUUGUCUUGGAAGGUGGUCCCUGUCCUGAAACAGAGCUCCAGGCCACCGCAGGACCCUCCAAUGAGAUUGAGUAGAAGCAGAAUCAGCUGCUAAAAUGCAUGAACUCUUUUUUUUAUGAUUCCAAAUGUCAACGGUUACCUGCUAAAUGUCAUCUCCAGACAACAUCUGCAUGUAUGUGUUGGUGGAAAUUGUACUGACAACUCAAAUUCUUCUCCGAUAUUGGUCUGGUCCAUUGCCAAAUUUCACAACCUUUAUCAUAAUAUUGUUUAGUGAUAUCCACUACUUUACAAAUAUCAACAUUAUUUUAUCACCAACCACACAUUCUCACAUGGAUCUUCCCAUCAAACAAAAAUGGUCAACUGACCCACAUGAAGUAGUAAAGUACAGCUCAUUGGCCCACUUCUGCCUUCCACCAUAAGCAAUAAUAGCUAGCCCAGGCAUUGGCAAACUUUUUGACCACAGUGGGUCCUCAAAUUUGACGGGGGAUCGGGUCAGGAACAGAUAGAUGGAGCGUUCGUACGAACUAAAGCAAACGACACGUAAAAGUCCGUCAGUCAAGGCUAAAAUGCUAAAAUGCUUUUAGCCUUGUCUAUGCCAUCUAUUGGGGAAAUGCAGGCAUUGCAGGGGAAAGGCAGAAGUUUGUUGGGCCGGAUUAAAAAGCCAAACGGGCCGCAUCCA